GACUUAAUAUUUUGUUUCUAGUAAUAUCAAGGCAGUAUAGCAUAAUACCUUUUUCAAAAAAAUAUGAUUGAAGACAAUCGCGUUUCGCCUCAUCUGUGAUGUGAUCAAGAAGAAGUGUCAAAUAUCAACUUACAGAAAGAAACAUGCAGAGAAUUAUUUCAUUAGCCAAAACGGUAAUAACGAAUGAAAUACCAAGAAGUUUUAAUAUAUUCGCUGCUAAUUCAAGCAUAUUCCAAAAUGUAACAAAAGAAAAACUACUACCUACAAAUCUGCCACUAAUAAAUCAAGUUUGUGGCUUUAAAGUAAAGGGUCUUGUUAGACGGCGAUGUAAAUCCUGCUACUUUGUAUCAAGACAAGAAAGACUCUAUAUUAUUUGUCCAGCACAUCCCAGGCAUAAACAGAUGGCUAGAAAACCAAAACCACUAAAUACUUGGAUAUUAACUCAUGCUAGCCAAAGUAAAGUAAGGCCAUGGUGAUAAAGUAAAAUAUAUAUUAUAUAGAUUAAAAUAGGUGUUAAAAAUAUAUAAAUGGAAAUGCUUAGUAAAUAAACAACUAUAAAAACA